UAAGGAAGGCAGUUGUUCCGAGGACCGGCUCGGCUUUACUACUCUGUAUUAAAGUCUAUAUUGAAUUUACAAGUUCUUGUAAGAAGUGUUAUUCUUAAGACAAUUUUCCACGACAGGAGCGGAGAAAACUCUGGGAGCGUGGAACUUGAAUCUGCUAGUACCAGCCAUGCUCGCUCACCAGAUAAACAUUUGAAGAAGUUCUAACAGAAGAAAUUUGUGUUUUUGGCAGUAAUGCGCCAUAACGUUGGAUGCCAAUCGCCGAUAAACCCCACAGAAGAAGAGUGAUUGAUUGCUAAAUCUCGGUUGGAGAUAUGCGUUUACCGCUGAUCUGCGGUAUGUGAAAGAGAGGAGCGGCGCAGGCUUUCUAAUUAAACUCUUCAAUUCAACUUUUGAGGAUGGUGCCCCAUAUGCUUGAAAUGCAACCCAGCUCAAUGUGCUGGGACAACAUAGAUAACGCUUGUGAAAAUGCCAGAUCAAGAGAAUGGAGCGAUGGUGACGGAUACAGCCGCCAUAAUAUGGCUCACUGGGAAAGUGAUCCCCCAGCUGGUGAAAGGCAGUACCUCACCCAAAAGGAAAGCGAACACCAGUGGCUGAACCGUGAGGAUGAAGCUGCCAUGCGGGCCCACUACAACUCCCAGAGACAAAACUCUCAAAUGGACUUCCGUGGACAUCGGGCACAAGAGACCCAGACGCCUCCUCUGUAUCAUCAAGAACAUCACAGAAUGGCUCAGAGUCAGAACAUAAGGGAUUGGCCCAAUCUCUAUGGACCCUUGAGAGGCCAGGCACCCCCUAAUGUAAACUUACACCGCAGUGGAGAGAGAACAGAAACAUGGGCUAAGCAUGAACCCCACUUCCCCAGCAAUGACUUUUUAACCCCACUCAAUGUCGAAAGAGGGCAUGAGGAUAUUUCCCAUCACCAUAACACUGACCAGGAUUAUAUGUUUGGUUGGAUAGUGAAUCAUAACAAUCUCCAUUACUUGGAAAGCAAAUGGCAGAUGUUAGAUCCCACCCAUUCCAAUGGACAUGCUAAUGAACCUUCAAGGGGGCAUUCUACUGAAUGCUCAAGGGGACGUUCUAGGGGUGGUUUCCGUGGAAAUUCUAGGGGUGGUUCUAGUGUACGUUCUAGAGGUAGUUCUAGUAGACGUUCUCGGGGUGGUUCUAGGGGUCGGUCUAGUGGACGUUCGAGGGGUGGGUCUAGUGGAUGUUCUAGGGCCUAUUCCAGCUGGUCACCCAGGCAGGUCUUCCAGGCUAAGCAUGUCAACCCUUCUCAAACUACGACAAACAGUUCUCCAGACAUUCAAAACGUCAACAUCAUUCUAACUGUUCCUGUGGUCAACAACAAACACAGUGAAACAACAUCAGGACGAACAGCAGGUCCGGUGAGAGAUUCUACAUCACUUGUGCAAGCCUUCAUUGCAAAUGCACAGCAGUGUGUUUCUAUGGAUCUCCCUUCCACGGGAGGUAGAGAAUCUGGUGUCGUUGACCUAAAAACAGCCCAGGUAACAAAUGCAGACAGCCAUGGUAUUCUAAGACCUAGUUUUCCUUCCCAAGCCAUAACACAACAAACAGAUAAUCUUCCUGGCAAUGCUGCUCUUGUUUCUCACACCCAGACCUCUUCCACCCCUGACCAGCAACAUGCUCCCUCUCCUUCUCCCAAACCUCUCACUGAGACACCUCAGGAAAAACCUCCUCAUGAACAUAAGAUCUCACUCAAUGAAAUACAGGACUGGCUUCAGAGUGUUUUAAGAUCUAAAAAUGGACCCGUAAAUGUGAACAACUCAACACAAGACCCCUCCCAGGCACAACAAUCCAGCACAGAGAAGAUGGAUAUUUUACAAGCAGGCAAAACGCACCUACAUCUUAACACCAAAGACAACCAGGUGAGGCCCCCUGAGAGAUUUAGUGCUGAGGACUCCACUAUACGGCUGGAGUUAAAGUCCACCCCCAGGUGCAUGACACUGACGGUAGUUGCCACCACUCCGCCCCCCGUAGCUAUCGUCCCUCCAAUGGAUCCACAGCAGUUCCCAGAGCCCAUGGAGACAGAGAAUACAGGCAAUGAGGUGCCAUUUAAGAUUUUACAGGCCUGGUCCAUCAACGAACAACAAAUGGAAAGUCUGUGGGAAAGAGCUAAAGAUGAUGCAAGUUCUCUAUCUGUCCUAAAUGAGACGGUUCAAGUUGAGAGUUUUAUGGAGUAUGAUAAGCCUGUAGAUGCAUCUGCAACAAGUUCACUGGUAUCUAUUAUAGAGGACAAUGAUGAGGUCCUUCAGGUCAUCACACAGAUGAACAAGAGUUCACCUUCACCAUUUGUCCACACCAUCCCUCAGGCAACUGAUAUUGUACGCAUCGGGGUACCCAGACAAUCGUGGAAGUUAGCUCUAACGGUGCAGAUGAGAUAA